AUGCGCUUCUUCACCACCCUCGCUGUCGCCGCCAUCGCCGCCAUCGCCUCGGCGGAUAGCAAGGCUAACCCCUUUAGCAUCCCCGUUGAUGGUUACACCUUCACGACUGGCGAGCCUACUGCCCUGAAAUGGGAGCCCACCACCCAAGGCACUGUGAGCCUGAUUUUGCAGUGGGGAGCCGUUCUUACCGGCAACACCGGCACUGUCAUUGCCUCGAACCUCGCCAACGACGGCAGCUACACUUGGAAUGUGCCCUCUAAGCUGGCCGCCGAGCCUGACUACACCAUUAAGAUCGUCUCGGACGAGGAUAGCGACGACUACAACUACAUCGGCCGUUUCACUGUCGACGGCUCCACCGUCUCUGUCUCGUCUUCCUCUUCUAGCUCGGCCACCGCCACUGCCUCCACUUCCACUGACUCAUCCACCUCUGCCACCGACACCACCACCUCGAGCACCUCGACCUCGAGCUCUUCGGCCAUCACCUCCGGCUCCACCACCCUGACCACCGCUUCCAGCACUGUCGCUAGCACCUCCGCCUCCGCUACCCAGACCACGGAGAGCUCCAGCACUGCUGAGUCCACUUCGACCAGCGCCACCUCCACCGCCGCUUCCCAGAGCGCCGUGCCCACCACCAACACCGGUAUGGCCAACCGUAUCUCCGGUGUCUCCGGUGGCAUGCUUGCCAUCGUUGCCGGUGCUCUGAUGCUGUAA